GGUCACUAGAUGUAAAAGAUGUAAAAACGUAUGAGUGCACGUACCAGUUGGUUUUGCGUAUAGCGUCGGCUGAUAUUUUCUUACUGUGUAUAUGCAUAUCUGUUUUGACUAUAUGCAGAGAUAAAUUGUUCGGUGAAUUGAACACAGAAUCUCGCAGAAUUCGAAGUGAUUAUACAUACCACAGUUCAAUAGCACAAUAAACACCUAAUUCUUGGCAAAAAUCCCAAUGAAACCAAGAAAUUAUUGAAUUGUGAAUCUUGGUGUAAGCGUGAAAAUCAUUGGUUUGUCGUGCUCAAUCAAGACUUUUUGGAUCUUUUUUACAUGUUCAGUUAUUUUUUCAUGUAUUUCAUUGAAUUGAGCAAGUAACUCAAAAUUUCAGUUAAAACCAUUCAAAGGUUAUCAUCUUCAUUGCCCUUAUCUCCAUGUAUACCGCACAUACUGAUAUUUAACGAAGUUUGGUCCGCCCAAAAUUAAAUGCAUAUAUUCACUCUUUUAUUGACACAAAUAGAGUGAAGUUCAUAUUUAAUUUUUGCUGUGAUUUUUUUCAUUUUUUCAAAAGCUGACUUCAAAAGGCGCAGUUUUAGUUCGAAUAAAAAAAAUUGUGCAUUGGAAUUUGCCGAAGUAAACACAAAAUAAUUCGAGAACAUGUUGAGAAUUGGUGUUUUGAGUGUAAUUUACUUAAUAAUUGUGAGAGAACUAACAUCAUCCCGUAUCACAAAUACUGAUGAUAUAAUUCGAUUUCCCAGUGAACAAGAUUGUGUUACAACGAAUCGAAUUAUUGCAAAUGUGAAAGAUUGUGCUGAAAACAAUCAGACAUAUUGCACAAAAACCGAUAAUUAUCCAACUCGGAUUGUACAGCAGUUACUGGACCGCCAACCACAUAAAUAUGACGAUGUAUUUGGCAGUGAUAUGAUGACAGAAAUAGAAACCCGUUUUGAUCCGAAUCAGGAUGAAGUUGAAUUAUGCGAAACUUAUGAAGAUGUAAUUUUUCCGAUCAUUGGAACAAAUUCUAUGGGAGUGGAUCGUUUUAUCAUCAAUACACCAGAAAAGAAACAAGGUGUACGCAUUUCAAUGUGCGGAAACGCAGGAAUUGAAUGUAAUAUUUUGAACAAAAUAGUUGCAAAUGACUAUGUCACCACAUGUAAACAACAAUUCGUUUAUCGUGAGUUAGUCGCUUUGGGUGACAAUAACCAAAUUAUAAAAGAUAAAUUUGAAUUUCCGGCUUGUUGUUCAUGUGCCCUGUACAAAAUUAAAAAUUGAUUGAAAGAGGAGUUGGAAUUUAAUUUUGAAUUAAUGAUAGUUUUGAUCAAUAAAAAUUGGGAUCAAAUGAUUUUCGUUAGAUAAUCUGUUUAUAUAUUAGAUGCUCUUCUCAAAGAGCAUUCAAUAUGCUCUAAAUAUUUGAUUAAACUGUAUUUUCUUUCAUGUAUGACAUAGUUUUA